AAGACCUUAUGUUAUUUGCGUGUCAGUUCUUCGAAGGCAUGUUUAACGGCGACUGCCAAACCGCCAGAGACAUCAGGGCCUCCAGAGCUACGACUCAAGAAACAACUACAGUGCCUGUCUGUGAACCUAACCCUUGUGAAAAUGGUGGUACCUGUUCACCAACUGACAAUAGUUACAGCUGUAAUUGUUCUACUGGAUAUUUUGGUAAAGUCUGUGACGUGGCUGUCUGUGAACCUAAUCCUUGUGAAAAUGGUGGUACCUGUUCACCAAUUGACAACAGUUACAGCUGUAAUUGUUCUACUGGAUAUAUGGGUAAACUCUGUGACGUGACUGUCUGUGAACCUAAUCCUUGUGAAAAUGGUGGUACCUGUUCACCAACUGACAACAGUUACAGCUGUAAUUGUUCUACUGGAUAUCUGGGUCAACUCUGUGACGUGGCUGUCUGUGAACCUAAUCCUUGUGAAAAUGGUGGUACCUGUUCACCAAUUGACAACAGUUACAGCUGUAAUUGUUCUACUGGAUAUAUGGGUAAACUCUGUGACGUGGCUGUCUGUGAACCUAAUCCUUGUGAAAAUGGUGGUACCUGUUCACCAACUGACAACAGUUACAGCUGUAAUUGUUCUACUGGAUAUCUGGGUCAACUCUGUGACGUGGCUGUCUGUGAACCUAAUCCUUGUGAAAAUGGUGGUACCUGUUCACCAAUUGACAACAGUUACAGCUGUAAUUGUUCUACUGGAUAUAUGGGUAAACUCUGUGACGGUGAGCUACAUUUUAGUUAUAUAGGGUGA